GUGACGCUCCGGCUCUCCAGACGCGAACGCUUGUUCGGGCGCAGAGAGCUCGCGCGGCGCCCUGCGCGGUGCGCCGCGCGGUUCACCGCGUUGUCGCCGCUCGCGGCCAUGGAUCCACCGGUGGUAGCGCCGGAGAGAGCUGAGACGACGAUGGUGAGUUUUCAUCUUUUGCCGGACAUCCAACAUGUCCAGCCAGAGGAGCCUCACGAUGGCGACGCCGGAGAGAACUUCUUGAUGCCCGGGUUGACGCCCGGCGCCAGCAAGUCCGAACUGGGGUCUGGAACAAGCGGGAGCUGUUGCAGGUCAGAGCCCAUGUGUAGCCCGGAGUCGGUCAAGAGCCUCGGAGACACUGGGAGCAUGGCUUCGUGGCUGCCACACACAUUGCCAGGGAAAAGGAGAGCAAAGGUCUCUCCAUCUUUCCAGAGGCUGGUAGAUCAGCUGGUGCAGCAGCACCUGACUGAGCUCAACGAGCGGCCCCGACCGCCUGUGAUCAAGACAUCCUCCACAAAAGAUUCCUUGCCGAUCGAGAAGAUGCACUCGGUUGCAACAAAGAAUUCGUGCACGUCCAAAUUGUCAGACGUGCUCGCCAGCAGUGAGCUGAAGAGGCCGCGCGGCUCAGCCAGCACCACCUCCACACAGCUCUUGCUGAGGAACCGUCAGGGCAUGACUCCACUCCCGGCCGAGCGGAUCUUGUCCGCCUUCGCCUCGGAGGAGACCGAGCCUCUGCGUCAGGUGAACAGCAACGCGGCGGGCUCGUCCGACUCCGGUGGGGUCAGUCAGAGCAUCCUCGCGGAGUUCUUCUCCGAGACGGAAAGCAACUUCAAGCGGCGCUUCCAAAACUUUUCUCGAUUCCAGAAGUUGCGCUGGUGGCUCCAGUCCAAUAAUUUUGAGAUGAUGAUCAGCGCAGCGCUGUGUCUCAACAUCUUUUGGAUGGCCUUGGAGUUACAGAUCGAGGGCUUGGUGAUGGGGUACAACCUGGGGACAUAUCCUGACUCCAUGGUGAAGCCCAACAAUUUCAUCCUAUGGGACCAUGCGUUCGCGAUCGUAGACAUGUUGUGGGCGCUGUUCUUUGGCCUGGAGGUUUGCAUCCGAGUCAUGGUUCUGGGGAUCGCCUUCUGGAAAUCCUGGCUGAACUACAUCGAUGUGGCCGUCAGCGUGAUCUCAGUGGUGGAGGUGUUUGUGUUCAUGGCGCCGGCCUUUGGAGUGAACCCCGUGCUCUUCAGACUGCUGCGGAUGGGGAAGCUCUCGCGGGCAAUGCGCGUUGUCUCAAUGACCAGUGUGCUCGCCUCACUGCAGCUCUUGUUGAAAUGUCUGGCAGCUAGCCGGGAUAUGCUCUUCUGGAGUUUCCUACUCCUCACCUUUGUCCAGUGUGUCGCUGGCAUGAUCGUGACCACCUUGUGUUGGGAGUUCAUCAAGGACGAGACUCAGGAUGUGCAGCUCCGUGAUGACGUCUUUCGCUACUAUGGUACGUUCACACGGACCUUCUUGUCGAUGUUUGAGAUCAUGUUCGCGAACUGGAGCCCCCCUUGCCGUGUUUUGGUGGAGCACGUAAGCGAGUGGUUCUCCAUCUUCUUCCUCUUCUACAGGUGUGUCUUGGGUUUCGCGGUGCUGAACGUGGUGAAUGCCGUCUUUGUGCAGCAGACCAUGAAGACCGCCAGUAGCGACGAGGACUUGGCCUUUAAACAGAGGGAGAAGGACAUCGCCCAGUACAAUCGAAAAGUCAAGAAACUCUUUGCCACCAUGGACUCUUCAGGCGAUGGAGCGAUCAACUUUGAGGAAUUCUCCAAGUUGGUGAAGUCGCCCAAACUCAGGUUCUGGAUGAGUCAAUUGGAGCUGGAGUAUCAUGACCUGCUCAGCCUUUUCGAGUUUUUGGACAAUGGCGAUGGCAAUAUCACGCUGCACGAGUUCAUCGAUGGCGCCGCGCGGUUGCGGGGCAGUGCCAAGGCCAUCGACGUGUGGCGCAUGGAGACCAAGGUGGAAGUCCUUUUCGAGGAAGUCUUGAACUACCUGAACACUCUCAGAGAUGGGACACAGGCCGCGCCGAGUGGAACAGCGGACGCCGAUGGAGAGGAGGAGAAGCGCGUGACGGCAGCCAGCGUGGGGAGUGGAAGCCCGAGCCCAGAACAUUCCCGUGUUCAAGACAUCUUCAACCACUCCGUCUUCAGGCACAUCAAGGCGACCACCUUCAAAAGCGAGCUCGCCGAAGAUGAGGUUGCCGUGGAGGGCUAUGAGACAGGGGGCAGCCCCACACGCAGCGCGCGCAGCGGGCGAAGUGCCUCCCGCCAUUUCACCCGCUAAACAUUCGCAGGGAAGCCCACGCAGCCUGCGCUUUCUUGCUGAGCUCUGCUGCGUCGAGUUGAAGCGACAAACCAACACAAACAGCCUCGUUGAAGAGCAGAUGUAGCUGAUGCGGCAUAACUCACUGAGCGAAACCAGAGAAAUGAUGUCGCAAUCGACGAUGAAGAGAAGAAACAGGGUUCAUGACACUCUCAUGACACUUGUGAAGGUAGGCGAAGACUUUGUUUUAUCAAGAAACUUCCCAGCGCCUCGAGAUUUUUUUGAAGGCACAUGUGAGAAGAAGAUUUGCCUCGCGCCCCUACAGUUGGUUGCCCCUCCCGCCUGAAAGAAGUCGUGAG